CAGUGUCUUGUCAUUUGCUGUUCAUUCAUCGUCUAUAGAGUUUGUAGAAAGAACAAACAACGAUGGAGACACUAAUGGAGACUCUGAUUAUAUCAUUACACUUACAAACAGCUGUCUUUUAUUCGUUAAUUGCGAUCACGACGACUUUGGUUACACUUUACAUUUACAUGGAAAAUACACGAAUGGUUCGAUUGGGAAAUAAACUUCCAGGUCCGAAAACAGUGCCAUUCUUUGGAAACUUAUUAAUAGUUCUACGUCUGCAACCAAAUGAAAUAGUCGAGGAAUUGCUUAAACACGAUAUAUACGGACCUGUGAUCCGUGUUUUCGUAGGACACAAAUUACUUGUUGCUCUGUAUCAUCCUCGAGACGUCGAACUCAUUCUCAACAGCACAGAGCACAUUGACAAAUCUCCAGAAUACAGAUUCUUCAAACCGUGGCUAGGAGACGGUUUGCUGAUCAGCACCGGCGAGAAAUGGAGGUCGCACAGAAAAAUCAUAGCACCUACAUUUCACUUAAACAUAUUGAAAACAUUCGUACCGUUGUUUUACGAAAACAGCAGAGAUUUGGUGAUACGUCUGCGAGAUCAAGUGGGAAAAGAAUUCGAUUGCCAUGAUUAUUUAGCGGCUGUCACUGUCGAUAUUUUACUAGACACGGCAAUGGGUGUGAGAGAGAGUGAGAAACACAAGGACGGUUAUAAUUACGCCAUGGCUGUCAUGAAGAUGUGCGAUAUCAUUCAUCGACGCACGUACAACGCUGUUCUGCGAGUCGAUUUUCUUUUCAAAUUUUCGCAGUACGCGAAAGAGCAACUGAACUCGCUCAAUGUGAUUCAUAGUUUGACGUCGCGAGUGAUCAAAAAGAAGAAGGAAGAUAUUUACAAGAAAAUUUGCUCGAACAUUGAGGAUAAACAAACGGAAAAAUCGAAAAAGACCACUGCAUCGGCGAAGAGUGACACGAACAUAAGCGACCAACAUAAAGGUGGACAACAGUAUUACGUUAGAGAUGAUUUGGAUGAAAUUGACGAAAAUGAUGUCGGUGAAAAGAAGAGGCUUGCUUUCCUGGAUCUUCUGUUGGAGCUUUCGAAAAAUGGCGCGAAACUUACUGAUCAAGAGAUUCAAGAAGAAGUCGACACUAUAAUGUUUGAGGGACAUGAUACCACCGCUGCAGGUUCUAGCUUCACUCUUUGCUUGCUCGGAAUUCAUCAAGACGUCCAGGAACGAGUAUACGAAGAACUAAAGGAGAUUUUCGGAGAAUCAAACAGGCCUUGCACGUUCCAAGAUACAUUGGAAAUGAAAUAUCUUGAAAGAGUAAUUUUUGAAUCGUUGAGACUUUACUCACCGGUUCCCGCCAUUGCGAGAAAAAUUAAGGAAGACAUCAGAAUAGUGACGGGGAACUACUUGAUCCCAAAAGGUACUACGAUUCUGAUUCCGCAGUUCAGAGUUCACCGGUUGGAAGAAUUCUAUCCAAACCCUAACGUGUUCAACCCUGACAACUUUCUACCAGAAAAAAUGCAGAGCAGACAUUACUACUCUUUUAUUCCUUUCAGCGCAGGACCGAGAUCAUGCGUGGGAAGGAAGUACGCGAUGUUAAAGUUGAAGGUUUUAUUGUCGACGAUUUUGCGGAACUACAAGAUCCUGUCGGACCUCACAGAAAAGGACUUUCGGCUAAGGGUUGACAUUAUUCUUAAAAGGGAAGACGGCUUCCGAAUAAAAAUUGAGCCACGAAAUAAGAACAAUUGACAGGCUCUUUAAUUGUUUAAUUGUAAAUUAAAUAAUAAUACUAAUAAUAAAACUCCAAUUUAUAUUAA